UGCUCAUAUCAUCGUUGAGAUUUCGGUUCAAUCUAGAAGAGUGUCAAUGGAUGGUACUCCACCGGAGGAUCUUCUAAACAAGGUUCGAUCACUGGAAGAGGGUGACUCCCACCUCAAUCAAGAACUGCCGACCCUGGAAAUCCAAAUGGCUCGUUCAAUUUCGCCACAGUACUCAAGAUUCUCUCAAAAAAUGAAAUUUAGCAGAGGCAGACGGCUGCUGCCAGCUCUGAACUUCAGUGAUCAGCAGUGUCUGAACAUAUUGCAGUCGAUUGGACAAGCUGUGUAUAUAUUUGAUCUUGACGGUCGUAUAACUUACUGGAACAGAGCUGCUGGAAUUCUAUUUGGUUAUUCAGCGGCAGAGGCCCUUGGACAGGAUGCCCUUGAGCUCUUAGCCGAUCCCCAAGCCUAUGUUGUAGGUGGUAAUUUAGUUCAACGUCUAACCAGUGGGGAGAGCUGGACUGGACAGUUUCCUGUCAAGAACAAAAUGGGGGAAACAUUUACAGCCUUCACGACAAAUAAACCAUUUCAUGAUGAUGAUGGCACUUUUAUUGGGUUUCUUUGCGUCUCAACUGAUAUUUACCCUUUUCAAAAUGAGAGGGUUCCAAUGUUUGAUGUGGAUGAGCAAUCAGAACCAGAUUUAACCGUCGGCCAGUGUACAACUGAUGUAACUGAUCAACUUGGUUUUGAUCCUCAGCAACCUCAGCGAAAUGCAAUUGCAUCAAAAUUCUCAACUUUGGCAUUCGAGGUGCGCAAUAGAGUGAAGUCAAGAUUUAGUGCAGGAAAAGACAAUUGGAAGUACAAAGCUGGGAGAGCAGAUCAGUCUUACCAUAGUGAGGAUGGGAAUUCAAGUGGGGCUAGCUCACCUAGUGGGGUUAUGCCUCCAUCUCCUUUCAGUGUUCUUACCAAGAUCAAAGACAAGUUUCAUAAGAUUUCCAGAUAAUUAUAUUAGUUCCAGAUGCUAUUGUGUCUGUAGCAUAUAUGAGCAUAAUUAAGAUGGAUAUGUCUUAUAAAGAUUUCAGAUAAUUCUAUCCGAAUUGGGAUGA